GAACCAAGCAUGAUUGAUAAAGAUUUAUCCAAUCCAUGAUGAAACGGGAUCUCGGCACAUAGUGCCAUUUAACUAUAGAUGCAGAUGCAUAUAUACCUAUCACUAUAUAUAACGACGAUUCAAUGAUAGAGCCAAGAAAGACAUUGCAGUAUCAACUCUCGGCAAUAUGAGGCCUUUCACAUCAUUCGUGGCAGUUGCUCUAGCUGCGUGCACCGUCACUGAUGCUCGUGGACUGCACUACCAAUCCGAUGCCCCGCUAAACAUCAAGACAACAAGCGGUCACCUCUCAGGCUUCAUCAACAAGACCGCACCAGAUGUUCGACAAUUCCUUGGAGUUGCAUAUGCCGAACCUCCGCUCAAGUCCCUUCGUUUCCAACCUCCUAAGCGAAAACACAGCUCAGAGCACGUAUCAGCCAACAAGUACGCGCCAUCAUGCAAGCAAAUUAUCAGCAAGAACCCGACUGUUUACACUGAGUACAUGAGCCAAUUUCUGAUCAAUGGUGGCGACUCUGAAGAUUGCUUGUAUCUCAACGUCUACGCUCCACUGAAGCCGACCUCAAAGAAGUUGCCCGUAUUUAUCUACAUCCCUGGUGGUGGUUUUACAGGUGGUGGUGCAGACUCGCUUUACAAGAUCCCCGAUAAGUGGAUCCAGAAGACUCAGUCUCACAUCGUCGUUACCAUGAACUACCGCGUCAAUCUAUUUGGUUUUCCCAACGCUGAAGCUGCUCAACAAAACGUCGGUCUGCUUGACCAGCGUAUGGUUGUUGAAUGGAUACGCGACAACAUCGCAGCCUUUGGCGGUGAUCCCAACAAGAUGACUCUUUGGGGCCAGUCCGCUGGUGCUGGCUCAGUUGGCAUGUACGGAUAUGCUUACCCCAAGGAUCUCAUCGUCAAGGGUUUGAUCUCCGACUCAGGCGCUCCGGCUAUGCUGGCCAAGGUUUAUGGUAACCACUCCAGCUUCGAUACUCUUGCUGAUAAGGUUGGCUGCAAGGGCUUGGAGGGCAAGAAGCAAUUGAGCUGUAUGCAAAAGGUUGAUGCAUCCAAACUGCAGAAGGUUUACUCUGAGACACCGACUAUUUCGUUCACUCCUGUUGGUGACAACAUCACUGCCUUUUCCAACACGACUGAUCGACUUGCCAGAGGGUUGGUCACCAGAGUGCCCUGGAUCUUUGGUAAUAAUGCCAAUGAGGGUGCUGGUUUCGGCACAUACGAUCCCACCGGCGUAACGCCAGCUCAGACUGCCAUUGGACUGCAGGCUAUUGUCUGCCCUGUUGCUGCAGAGGUCAAGGCCCGUGCCAAAUUCGGAUACCCAACUUAUAGAUAUUACUACACCGGAAACUUUUCCAACAUUUCCCCUCUGCCUUGGAUCGGAGCGACUCAUAGCGCCGAGCUUCCUCUGCUCUUCGGAACGCAUUACGAGUACCGCGGCAACUCAACUGAGUACGAAUGGGAGGUCGCCGAGGGUAUGCAGAGUCUCUGGCUCUCUUUCGCUCACAACCCAAAGAAGAACCCUCAAGCUGGAAAGGUUACUUGGCCUCUGUAUAAGCCUAAUGAGAAGAAGAUGGCUGUCUUUGCAGAGGCUGGAAAGAAGUGGUUCCAGUUGGCGGAUGGUUCUCUGACUGAGAGCCAAUGUAAGUAAGAGGAAGGUAGUGGCAGGAACGCAAGAUAAAUAUCUUCAAGUAUAUAGUUCGAAUCAAGUUCAACAGAC